UUUGGGUAGAAAAAGCUUAAGGCGGCGAAGGCGCUUGUUUCAUCGGCAUACGCUACACCUGUGUCGGACUACGGGGUUACUGUGAUCGCUUCCAUUAAGCUACAACAUGAAUUUUGGGAUAUUUUGGGUUACCGUGGUACUGACGCUGGCCUGCGCACAGGUGUGUCUUUCUCUGAAAGAAAAUCAAGAAAGCAGAGGCUUCACUGGUGUAGAAACCGACGAGGGGGUUGUGGUGAGCUCCACAGGAUUCCUGAUUCUACAGAGUCGUCUAACCACCAUCUUUCUCCCGAUCGUUUACAUCUUUGUGUUUGUCGUGGGCCUGCCCACCAACCUCGUCGCUAUCUGGGUCUUCCUCUUCAGGACCAAGGUGAAGCACCCAGCGGCCAUCUACAUGGCCAACCUGGCCAUGUCUGACCUGCUGUUUGUUAUCUGGACUCCCCUUAAGAUCGCGUACCACAUCAACGGCAACAACUGGAUUUUUGGAGAGGCAAUGUGCAAAGUUAUGACGGGGUUCUUCUAUGGAAACAUGUACUGUUCCAUUGUUUUUAUCGCUUGUAUUAGCGUUCAGCGCUACUGGGCCGUAGUUCACCCUCUUUCCCAAAAUAGGAGGGACAACCGUGUAGCCAUAGCAGUCUCCGUCACAGUUUGGGUUGUGGUCUGGUUGGCCUCUACUCCCCUCUACCUCUAUAACCAAACUGUCUUGGCCACAAACUUGAACAUUGUCACCUGUCAUGACAUCAUUAGACCCAGCCAGAUAACCAUCGCUGCAGGUUACUUCCUGACCAUGGGAAUUCUGGGAUUUGUGGUCCCUAUGAUCGUGUGCGUCGUGGCCUACGUCCUCAUGCUCAGGUCGCUAAAGAACUCCAUGACGGAUGCCACCAUCGGCAAGAAGCGCCGCAAGGCCGUGGUUCUGAUCAUCACAGUGCUGGUCAUGUUCCUGGUGUGCUUCACCCCCAGUAACAUCAUGCUGGUGGUGCACUACUCCCUCCUGCUGGCCGGAAGAAUGAACAACGGCUACGGCUUCUACAUCGCCACCCUGUGUCUAGCCAGCCUCAACAGCUGCGUCGACCCCUUUGUUUACUAUUUCAUCUCCGAGGAGUUUCGGGAGCACGUGAAAAACACGCUGAAGUGCAGGAGCCAGAGGACGGUGGAGAGGAUGAGGGUCUCGUUCAGUGCAAUGAAGUAUUCCAAGAAGAACAGCGCCUACACUUCCAGCUCAGGGAACACCCAGAGUAGCUCCUGCUGAGGGCUAAACCUGGACAGUUUGAGGGAUACUGAAUACUGCCAUUUUAGAAUGCCGACAAAUGUAGUUGGACUUUGUAUGACUUGGAAAAGGAUGGGAGUUUGUAAACCUGGACAGUUAGGGGGAUACUGACAUUUUAGGAUGCUGUCAAAUGUAGUUGUUGACUUUGUAUGACUUGGAAAAGGAUGUGUGUCUCGUUAUGGAUUUAUUUUAAUGUAAUCUGACCUCUGAAUAGCUUGGUACUAUUCUCUCACCACUGGGAAGGGGCACUUGAUAUUCAUCAAGUUUAAAUGACUUAGCACUGAGUUAUCUUUCCAUUAACUAUGCAAAUGUUUGUAAAUACACAAAAUGUUUAUAUUGUACCGGAGUAUUGUUGGCCAUUUGUGUGUAUUGUUUCUAACAUGAAUGUGAAGGAGAUUCUUUUUAUAAAAAAAUAAAUAUAUAUUUUUUUUUA